GCUGGCGAUUGAGGGCCCCUUCUCGCGUUGGAGCGGCUGGGCCCGGCGCCGAAAAUAGACGCUUUCCCUUUCUGUGGUUCGCCGCGCGUCCGCGAGGCUGGACAAUGGCGGCGGGAGGGCAGCUGAGCUCGGUGCCCGAGGUGGAGCUGGACCCCGACGGCACUUUCAAAUACAUCCUGGUGCGGGUGCAGCGGGGCGCCGAUGAGCACCGCGACAUCGUGAGGGGCACUGCGGCCGCCGAGUUCCACAAUCACAUAUUUGAAAAACUAAAUCCUGAAAUGGAAAAGCUAGGUUUUGUAUGCAAGUGUCUUGGAGGAGGAAAAAUUGAACAUAACAGCAAAGACAAGAAAAUCCGUGUAUUUGGUCUUUCUACAGGAUAUGGUAAAGCUGAUCAUUCUGUGACUGUUGAAAUACUGAAGAGAACUUACAAGGAUUAUGAAAUUAGUUGGUCAGAUGACAAGAAAUAAAUUGUAUAAUCUAAUAUAAAUGUGUAUCUUUUCAAGAUAGUGUACACUUAAUUCUAAGCUCCCAUGAGGAAGUACAGUCACUGCAUUUAGCCUAUGUUGAAUAAAAAGUUAGGAUAUGAAUGUGUGGGUUCAUGCUACAAAUAAGUUUGAUGUGUUUUCAAACUUGGGUAGUUUUAUCAUAAUCUGUACUUCACAUCUUGUUGACAGGCAUUUGUACUUGUUGUAAUCCAUACUUCAUCCCUAAAUAGCAUCAUAAUAAAGAUAAUUUUGGACCCUG